AUGCGUAACCACCAGAAAGCCAUGGAUGCAAUCGCGCCCAAUCACAAGACCCCCGCCUGGAAGCCGGGAAAGUUCGCUCGACGAACACUGCAGACGGCCCCAACGCCAGGACACCUGCGAAUCACCAAGCUAAGCGGUGAGCAUCUCGCCGAAACUCAAACAAAUCGACAUCGAAGGGUGAAAGACCUGCUCGCCUACCUGGAGCCUUACUGCAACGUUUCCAGGCAAAGAAUCAGAGUCCUCCAGCACACGCGCAGGCUGCCACACCGCAAUCUACGCCAACUACGCCUCAGAAUCACGAAAGACAUGCAGGCUGUCAUCCUGCCGUAUGUGCACCUGCUCGAGGGCUCAAAAGAAAAAGAGGAUUUCAGACUGGCCCUGUGGAACAGACACGCCAAAAAACUGGCAACGCUCCUAUGGCGACCAAUCGACCCAAACACCAUCUUCAACAGAUACUACCCAUCGCCGACGUCAGCACUCGAACUGCUCCUGCUGAACCCGACAGCAAGCUGGCCAGCAGCUGCCCUGCGACAUAUCCUGGAAGCCAAAGCCGCCCUGGACCGACCCGAGAACAAAGACGUGCUCCUCCUGGCCGUGAGACAGGGACAAGCCCACUACGUACAACUACUUCUAAGGCAGCAGGCAAACCCUCGUGGCUCCACGAACCGACUGACACCAUUGGACAUGGCAUGUCAACAUCACCCCGAGGACUUCUCGCACAACGCUCAGCAACCGGGUCUAAUCACCAUGUUGCUAACAGCCCAGGCCGACCCAGAGCCCAUGCUCCGUGACGCCAACAGCUGGGCCGCACACCCGACCCCAAGGGAUUACGUCGACCUGGCAAACCCUCGCACGCUAAACAGCACCGUAACCUUGGCCUGCGCAGCAGCCGCUCAUUCCAACCCGACGUUUAUGCAACACAUUCUGGCAGCCGCAACCACUGAGCAAACCGCCACGAUCACCGGAGAUCUCCCCUGCAAAGCUGCACAAACGUCCGCCAUAGCCGCGAGUCUCUGCAGCGCAGCCUAUGCAGGCAAGACCAACCACGUGCGCUGGCUGCUAGGCAUGAAAGCAAACCCAGACGCCCACGUGUGCCACCGGAUCCUGCAAGGUAAGCACGACUUCAUGUCAAGUGGCCACGACCACCAGACAGCCGUCGCCCUCGCCGCCGCCAAGGGACACUACGCCACCGUGCAAACACUGCUCGAAGCCAAAGCCGAUGCAAACCUCAGCUUCAACGGAAACAACACCGUGGUCGCACAGCUGCUGAUGGCCCGAGCCGACCCGAACUUCUACGGCUUCCCCGCCGAGCCGCCUCUGGUCCUAGCGUGCCUGCAAAACAAGCCCGACACCGCAGAGCUGCUGCUGCAUGCCAAAGCCAACCUCGAGGAAAACCUGCUGCGGGCGAUGUUCCACUACGAGAUCGCCCAAGCCCUCAAGCACGAGUGCGCACAAGAUCUCCUCCUACGCCAAGCACAGCGCCGAAAGAGAAGCAGCUGGUCGCCGGGCCGGUUCGCAAGGCAAAUGCGACGAAAAGCAUCGGUCCAGUCCACAGAACCUCCUCACCAGACACAGCGAUCCAAGCAAAGCGCGGACUCUCACCGACCGGCACCGAAGCAUGGCCAACGAGACAAGACCAGGCGCCGUACUGAAACUUCCUACUGA